GACUGCUCAGUCGGAGGCCUCGCGUUUGCGUCCUGUUCACCUGUUGAAUCAGGCAAGUCGAGUAGUCCACGCUCUGCAGUGGGCUUACGGCGGAGCAACCACCCGCAGCAGUCGGGACAGCUGCACCGCUGGGGUGCUGAGGCGGAGCCGCACUGAGCAGUAGGCAGCAGUAGCAGCAGCAGCAGUAGCAGCAGCGGUAGCAACAGUAGCAGCAGCAGCAGCAGCAACAGUAGCAGCGGCAGCAGUAGCAAACCGGCACCAGCAGCGGUUCGAGCGCCAGGCAAUUAUGGCCUCCGCCGCCAGUGCGCCAUCCGCAGCCGCGGCGGACGUACCCGCCGCCACGCGCCCCACCCCGGCGGUCGCCACCGCCGCGCCCGCCAAUGCACCCAACUCCGCCGCUGCCGCCUCCGCCGCGCGGAAGCAGUUUGCGGCGCUCCUCGAAACCGCCAACCGCCGACACCUGAAGCUACAUGCCCGACUGGCGGAGCACGCGCCCUUCAGCCCCGGCGGCGGCGGCAGCGGCUCGGGACCCGGCGGCGGCGGCUCGGGACCCGGCGGCGGCGGCGGCGGCGGCGGCGGCGGCUCUGCCCCCGGCGGCCUGGCGGCUGUGUUCAACAAGACGUUUGAUGCGUUCUCGCGCCUGUGGGACUUCCAGAUGACCCACAGGCCGGCUCUGCUGGACAGCGGGCUGCAGCGCUGCGAGCUGGGCGGCAUCGCGUCGCGCAUCGGCCAGCUGUACUACAACUUCUACCUGCGCUCCGGCGACACCGGCGCGCUGCUGGACGCCUACACCUUCUACGACGCCGUGCACAGCCGCGGAUACCUGGCCACCCCCCCGGCCCCAGCAACAACACAAACACAAACACCCGCCUCGCCCCCUACAGCCGCAACUCCCAGCUCCAAGGAUGGUGCAGCGGCGGCGGCACAGGCGGCUCAGGCGGCGCAGGUGGCGGCUGCGGCGCAGGCUCGGCAGAUGCGGUUCUACGCUCGGUUCGUGGUGGUGGGGUUGCUGUGUGGCCGGCGGCAGGAGGCGCUGCAGCUGCUGCAGGAGCUGCAGGCUCUGGUGUCCAGCUACGCGCUGCCACCCUCGCCCGGCUCGACGCCGCCACCCGACGCCGCGGACUGGCAGGUGGUGGCGGACGAGGUGACGGCGCUGGUGGCGGCGGAGGCGGCGGCGCUGCCCGCGCCGCGCAGCCCAGGGGCGCUGGAGGAGCAGUGGGCGCCGCCCAUACGGUGCAGGCCGUCCGGCCCUGCCGCCUCCGCCGCGCCGCACCGGCCCCGGCUGCGUGAGGCGCUGCUGGUGUCGUACCGCAGCCGCCAGGUCAAGGUGGCGGAGCUGCCCAUCGAGCUCUACCGCAUGGCCCAGGCCCUGGAGUGGCACAACCACCGACUGACCGGCAGUAGCAGCAGUAGCAGUAGCAGCAGUGGCGGCGGUGGCAGCGGCACGGCAGUAGCAGUGCCCGCGUCCGAGGACGCUGUAUCCGAAGACGGCUCGGCGGCGGGCGCAACCGCCACCGGCGCCACCAGCAGCAGCAGCAGCAAGGCCGCGGAGGGGCGGGGCGCGUCCAACGGGCCCGCAGCUACAGCCCCCGCCUCCUCCUCCACCACCACCCCCUCCUCCUCCACCACGCCUGCCGCCUGCCGCAACCCGCCCCGCCUGCUGCUGUACAAGCCCACGGCGCAGCAGCUGCUGGGCUGCCUCCUGGCCGCCACCUCGGCACUGCCGCCGCCAGCGCCCCAGGCCGGUGGCGGCGGCGGCGGCGGCGGCGGUGGGGCCGCAGACGAGUUCGUGCUCGUGUACCUGAACGCAGACGCCGCGCCGCCGUCCCUGGUGGGCGGCAGUAGCAGCAGCGGCAGCGGCGGCAGUAUCACGGGCAGUGGUGGUGCGGCCGAUGUGGCAACGGCGCGGCAGAUGCUGCUGUGCCCGCCGCGGCACCCGCACCCGCACAGCGGCAGCUCAGGCACCCCCGCCGCCGCCGCCGCCGGCUCUGGCAGUAGCAGUGGCAGCACCGCCACCGCCACUGGCAGUAGCAGUAGCAGCGGCGUGGCAGGCGACUGCCUGCUACAGCCUGACGAGCUGCUGGUGGCCAGCCGGCGGCGGCUGUUGCUGGUGGUGGACUCGGACAUGGCGCCGGACUUCGCCCGACUGCCGGGCCACGAGCGCGGUGCCCCCCUGCUGUGCCUCAUGUCCGGAUCCCGCGACCCCCUCGCCACCGGCAGUAGCAGCAGCAGUAUUAGCAGUAGCAGCAGUGGCAGUAGCGGCAGUAGCAGCAGCAGCAGCAGCCGCUACGGCAGUAUGCUGUCUCUGGCUCUGGCGCGGCCGGCCCAGGCGCUGUGCCUUCUGGCGGGGGAGGGCGACCCACAGCCGGCGGCGCUGCAGCGGCUGCAGGCGGUGUUGGAUGAAGUGCUCCUGACCCUGGGCCGGGACCUAGCGCAGCAGUUGGCGGCGGCGGCGGUGCCGGCGGCGGCGGGCGCAGCCGCCGCCGGCGGCGGCGGCGCCGGCGGCUCCUCGGCGGCGCCGCCGCCGUGGCUGGCGUGGGGCUCUGUGUUUGCGGACGGCCUGUCCCGCCGGCUACUGCUCAAUUUCGCUCUGUACCGGGCGGCUGUAGCAGCGCUGCUGCGGCACCGGCAGCAGCAGCAGGCGCAAGCAGGUGGCGGCGGUGGUGCGGCGGCGGCGGCGGCGGCGGCGGCGGCGGGGAUGCCCAGUGCGAGCCCGCCGCUGCCGCCAGCGGCGGACGCGGGCGGUGAGGUGCUGAGUCGGGGGCUGGCGGCGCUGGCGGUGGCGCUGGGCGGCAGGGCGGGUGCGGUGUUUGGAGGUGGCGGCGGUAGCGAGGUGGCGGCUGCGGCUGCUGCUGAUGGCGUGGCGGGCUUGUCGCUGGUGUAACGGGUUGAGGGCGGGUUGGGGGGGGGGCGGGUGGGUGUGUGGCACGGCGUGGGUGGUCGAGAAGGGCAGGUGCACUGGGAGGCAGCGUCUGUUGCAAGGUGUCUGGGGUAAUUUCCGGGUUGCUGUCGUGUGUGAGCCGGCGGCCAAGCAAGCGCUUCCGUGUAGAUGCUGCUGGACCCUGAGGCUCGGUCGGGCGGCUGGCAGGUAUGCACAGAAGCGACGAGGGCAGGCGGGGCUGACGCGGCUUUUGCUAUUCGGUCCGCUUAACUUGAACUCUGAAUGAUGGCCGUCACUGAGCGGCCACACCACGCUGGUACUUGCAGUCGCUGCUCACGCGCCAUGCGGUGCGUGGGGCCAUUUAGGAAAACUUCGCACGGAUGUGCACGGGCGCGCUGUAAUCCGCCUGGCCC